AUAUUUUAUUUAUUAUUUAUUUUUGGGUACUGUUUUUAGUCCAGAGGGAAAUUCCAGAGAAAAUAGAUUGACUCCUUCCCAAAUUCCUCCGAGACACUGAAAGAGGGCCGAAAUCUAGGGUUUGGUUUUCGCAUCACUCUCCUCCGAUCAGAGGUUUAUGCUUUGCUGGAAUGCUGUUCAGUUAUUGAUUGUUAGAGGUCCACUUAAUUCAUCGGCAUGCAGCCAAAGUCUGAAAGUUUGAAUCGUCUUGAAACUCAUCCCCAGACUGUUCAGGCUAAUGCCAUUUAUUCAGAACCUUGGUGGCGUAGUAUAGCAUAUAAUUCUAUCAACCCAGAUGCGUCGAGGAGAAUUGAACCUGAUGCCUCUACACUUGGAUGUAAUGGGGGCACGGAGUCAAAUGAAGGCCAGCCCCAAUCAAAUGAGAGAAGGACUGAGGAAGAUAAUGACUCUGCUAAAGGACCACUAAAUGCUACUUCUACACUAUCAGUGGGAGAUCAUGGAGAACAAGAACAGCAAAAUGUACAUGGUGCUUCCGCAAUGCCUGACAGCGGCCUCACACAACCUCCCCAACUGGAACUUGUUGGUCACUCAAUAGCAUGUGCAUCUAAUCCAUACCAAGAUCCCUUUUAUGGAGGGAUGAUGGCUGCUUAUGGACAUCAAUCGAUGGCUUAUCCUUUUGUUGGUCUCCCUCAUGCUAGGAUGCCUCUGCCACUUGAGAUGGCACAGGAACCUGUUUACGUGAAUGCGAAGCAGUUUCAGGGCAUUUUGAGGCGCAGACAAGCACGUGCGAAAGCAGAGCUCGAAAGGAAGCUGAUAAAGAAUAGAAAGCCAUAUCUUCAUGAAUCCCGUCACCAGCAUGCUAUGAGAAGGGCUAGGGGGAGUGGAGGGCGUUUUGCCAAGAAAUCCGAGGCAAAUGCUUCAAACGAUGCUGUUGAGGAGAAGGGCACAGGUUCAGGACCCGCUCUAUCUUCACAAUCCGCAAGCUCAUCAGGUUCUGAGCCUUUGGGCACGGACUCUGCCGAGACAUGGAACUCGUCCUCCAGUCACAUGGUGCACGAAACACUCGACAGCCGCAGCUAUGGCAACGGAAAUGGGCAAUAUCAGAGCCACCAUGGAGGCUUCCUGGGCUCAACUUGCAAUCCCCAUAUGAACGGAAGAGACUUUGGGCAGCAAUCGAGCGAGCGGUUCCUGUAAUCGGAUCUGCGCAAGGCCUUCCGCUUCUUGUUGGGUUCUCAGCAGGAGAAAACCUGAGUUGUAUGUGGAGAGGUUGAGCUGUGGUUUGUUAUGGGCAAACCCCCCGACAGAUGAUUCUUGGCAAAUGGUAUUUGCUUGGGCGGCAAUUCAUUCUUGGCUUGUUCUCUCUCAUGUGUUCGCGGCUGUUGGUUGAAGGAGGAAGCAAUGGAGCGUGGAUUUGCGUAACGAUUCAUUCCUCCAUCGUUCUCCUCCCGUGUUUUCCUCCCCCCUUCCCCCCUUUUUCUUCUUUUUGUACAGAAGUAGCUGUGCAUUAGUUUUUAGCAAGAACAGUGUCUGAUUUAGGUUAAAUACAUUCUCCUGGAGUAAAAUACAAUAUCUUGUUUCUUUGUCUA